CAGGUAAAAUCAGAACGCGAUGAUUUAACGAGGAAACUGAAACGAAGAGAAGAAGCUGUUGAAGCAAGACAAGAGUCGUCGCUAUUAAGCGAACAAGUCGAAAUAACGAGACACGAACGAAGUGAGUCAAUGUUUGAGCAAAGUGCUCUUAUGCGGGACAAAUUCGAAAAAGAGGUCUCGGUAAGGAAAAUAAGCGCUGAACUCACAAAGUCUCAACAAAGAAAUAUCGAAAUGGACGCGAAGGUGACUUCCUUGGAAGAAAAAUCAGAGACGUAUAAAAAAGAACGAGAUCAUGCUAAAGAGCAGUGGAGGCAGUCGGUUAAGGAAAGGAAAAGAUUGCAUCGUGAAAUUGCUGCCAUUGUGCAAGCCAGGGACGAAGCGAUACAGAAGUGCUUUUCAACCGCAGAACAGUUAGAGAAGUUGAAGGAGGAGUACAAUCACUUGCUAAACCGUUUAGCGAAAACUGGUUUGAGUGCGAAUAAUUCGAGCGAACUGUCAAUUCCGUGCUCGUUGAAGGAGUGCAGGUUUUGCGCUGGAGAUACACCGGAAGGCGUUGAGGUAGGACAUAUUGAUAAACCGCCUUUUCUUUGCUGUCAACUCGUAGGCUCGUUUAACGCCGUCUCAUCUCCGGGGUCCGGUCUUUGAUCCUCCUUGAAUAGAGAUUCUUUCAGGGCUGCGGAGCGGAGAGGAGAAGGGGGGGGGGGGUGUGGGAUGAGGUCCAGGGGGGACUGCUAUAUAAGUGACGGAGAUGCUCGUCGCCUCGUUUAGGGUGUAAAUUGCAGGUUUUGGUCUCUUUAAGGGUGUUUGGGACGGAAAGUCGCUAUAUUUGCCCAUUCAGGUAUAGCUUAGAGCUGUGCAUGAAGAACUUUACAAAAAUGCUGUGACACUAGUCAUAACUUCUGAAAAACAACACGACAUCCCUGACACGAGACAAAACACUCUUACUAGCUUUUAUGUAAAUGUCUGUUUUUGUAUGACCAGUCCUUUAGGGGUAAGUUAAAGAUUGAGCAACACCCACAUUGGUCUCCCUUAGGGGUUUAAUUUUAAUUUUCCGAAGGCCAUCCCCGUCACUUUUAUAUGGAAGUGUCCCCCCCCCGGGGGGAUGAGUACGGGCUCAUUUUCCCGAACAGCGGCUGGUAAUCGAGCCCAUCAACCUGUAGGUGCAUAAACCCGUCGUAAAGUAAUAAAAUUAAUUUCUAACAAUCGUAUUCUAUUUUAUUGAAUUCUGUAAAGGCCCUUAAAUACUACCAUGCAAAAGUAAUACCAAAGAGGUAAUUGAAGAGGAUUCACUUUGUAAGGUUACGCCAAAGAAUUUCAUACAUAGAUUCAAAAGUUACACCUACAGCUCAAGUUUCCGUAACUGCCACCUGGGCGUGAUAGAAAGCUUAGCAACGACGAAGGCGAAGGCUGCGAAAUCGUUACUUAAAAAGUGAAUAAUGGCGCUGCAUUAAAGUUAUCGCUUUUAUCCCAUUUGGUCCAUUUUGUUGGCUGUUGGCGAGUUUUUGUGCGGUUGAAUUCUAAAGGACUGUAUCUGAGUUCAGAAAACGGAAAAAGAAAAUGGUUGUCCUGUGUGCAAGUUCUCCAUAAAACUGACGUGAAGGUAGUUUCCGUUCAGUCGUGCAUCGACAGCAAAGUAAUCAACAAAAAGCGUAACCUGUGCUCGUGCAAAGUUGGAAGUUUUGCUUUUUUUGCCGUUUUCGUUGCCGUUGCCUUUGUCGUCGCUUAAGCUCCUUAUUUACCGUUUGCAUCGACGGGUCGCUGCUGAUUAAGGUUAUGUUGACACCAUACCGGAUAGCCAUUCGUGCCGACACGAAAAGCUGGCCGAUUUAGUAUGAUCAGGAACGGCACAGAACUGGAGAACUAGAACAAGUCGUUCACCUAUAUUGAACAUCGUACAGGAACGGUUGGCCGAGAGUUUUUGGUUCUCUUAACCCAAUCCUCACUCCUGGGCCCUGUUCCUGUAAGGCCGAUUAGCACUAAUCCAGGAUUAAAAUUUUGUUCCGUUUUUGUAUUUUACCUUCCGGUGUAUUGCCUAGAGUAGCAUUUUGUGUUAUCAUUACUGUAUGUCGGAGUAGAUGCUCAACAGUAUUUUGUAUGCUCCAGUUGCAUGUGACUUCCGCCUCAUUGGAUUCCAGUCCUAUUUUCUACUUAUUCACCUCCUCCACGGUCCCGGAAUACCUGUUCACACUGCACCAAAGAGUGGCACAGUACCUAUCCCAUACUAACGCGCCACUUUCGAGAUCGGCUCCGGGCUGCCUGCGCAGCUUCGCUCCUUUACAGAAAUCGCGUCGAAAUCACCAGUUCUCAUGUGUGAACAGAAGCCCUAUCCAGUAUGAUUUUCGCUCUGGCGCAUUGGAUAGCUAUCCGGUAUAGUGUGAACAUAGCCUAAGAGGCCUAAGUAUUCGGGACUUUAUACUACUAGAUGAGAAAUUUCUGCAAUUUGAUUGGUUUAGAGCAGUGGUAUUUCAGCUUAAUUUGAAAUACCUACAUGUGAAAAUUACAGACCUUUUGCGGGUAGUAGUAUAAACAAAUAAUAGCAUGAUUUGUACGUGAUACUUGGCAUAAAUACCACUCGUGAUAUUUCAAAAUUGUCUCAAAUUUCACUCGCCUAACGGCUCGUGAAAUUACGUAUAACAAUUUUGAAAUAUCACUCGUGGUAUUUAUGCCAAAUAUCACUACAAAUCAUGCUAUUACCUAUACAAAAAAAUAGUGGAAAUUGUAAUUUGUUCACCCACGGAUCACUAAGGAGUUCAUAAGAACUCGUUGAAACGUGUUCGUGCGUUCCAGAUCGAAUUGGAAUUUGAAAGUGUUGGUUUUUAAGAAGAGGGGAAAACCGGAGUACCCGGAGAAAAACCUCUCGGAGCAAGGAAGAGAACCAACAACAAACUCAACCCACAUAUGGCGUCGAAGUUUGAAGUUUGUCCCAUUACAUGAGCAUAGUUAGUCGCUUAAUCCGUAAACGGUUUUGUCUUUUUGCCCGCUUUUGGUUCUAAUCGCAAUGUAUAGAUUUAGCCGAGGCUAAAGGCGAAACUCCAGUUAAUGAAAAACAUUGCAAUGAAGAAAUCCAAUUAGAGUUGAGCCUGCGAUCAGUUGAAAACUAGAAGCUUGUAAGCGGUAAACUUAAAAAAAAACAUGUACCCUCGAUGGGUCGACACCUGAGCCACCAAUACGGUCAUGUGAUAAUGGUCAUUGGAUACCCUGUUUUGACAGCUGUCAACUGCCUACAACAUGGAUGUGCAAUAUCAGGUUGCAGGCUCCCACACUAGCUAGAACGUUUAACAUUUCACAUUGGUUUCCCUGUGGUGUGGACGGACGGGCGGACGGGCGGGCGGGUGGACGAACGGUCACGUGACUACCAAAAUUUCUUGGAUGGAUAGGUAACCAAAUUUUCUUAGCUAUGGGGAUCCUCUCGCGCGCAAUAUUAAUCUAAUUCUAGUGAUAAAAAUUAGGUUAACUUGUAGACAAUUUUUAUGUCUUCAGUCUCCAGACACGUCUUUCACUGAAAGUGAGGAAGUACGAGUAUCAGUAGAAAAGGUGUGUUAAUAUUUUCCAGUUUGUACAGUAAUGUUAAUUCAACUGCAUCUUUGCCACUAGGGUAGACAUGUUGUGAUCGGAUUUGAUCCUGAGUUUACAUUGUAUUUUUCUUUGUUUCAAACUGACUGUCAAACAUUACCAUAGUACCCAAAAACAAUAAUAUGAACCCAUGUUUUAAGAAAAAGUCACACCAUAUUUUACUCGAUAGUUUUCAUUUGUAUCCCAAAACAUGUAAUUAAUUCACACAUUAAACUCGCACGGUUUAGUACCAGCUAGUGCAAUGGUGAGUGCACUAUUUUGCGCAAAGCUCAGGUACACUAGUACUACUCUCACUUCAAAGCAUCAGCUUCUGCUAACUGGUUUUUUAUCAUGAAACCUUAACUAACAUUUACGCCUCCCUAAUACGGACACCAAAGGGACUGGGCCAAGUGUUUGCAUUGUAAAGGUGUCCAUGUUAUAGAGGUGGAAACCAGUAGUACUGACUGUAAUAGAGGGAGGUAAUGUUAUACACGGGUCGGUAAGAAAAGGCUCGACUGUAUAAGUUAUCUUUUUGUAUGCUUACUCACUUAUAGGAUGAUCCCCUCGAUUCCAUCAAAUUGGCGCGAGUUUCGAUUAGUGGCAGGCCAUGUACAGCCAUCACUGAUAUCGACAAGGCUUUUGGAACCGCCAGGAACAUCAGGUAUUAAUUAGCGUCACUUUCCUUCGUUAAGUCACUUUGCUAAGUACCGCUGUUUUUUCAAUGUACAAACAUCCGUAAAGUUUCUGAUCUCCAUUUGCGUUACUUUGCUCUAUUAUGUUUUCAGAAAAUAUGACGAGGUUGUAUCCAUCAACGAUAUCCCGGUAAGCGAAUCGGAUCAAAAUCUUGUUAAAUCUUUGCUGGAUGGAGCUGUAACGACGCUUAAUAUGGUAAGACUUGAACUGUUGGUUAUUUCUUUUGCUACCAACCCUUUUUUUCUCAUUCUCAUUUACAUGUCAAUUAAAGGAGAUAGGCGUAGAGGUCACCAUAAAAAAACUUGAGUCCAUUAUGCCGUCAACUCGACGUCUAUUCCUGAUUUUAUUCUCGCCAUAAUUUGUUUGUAUUCGUUGUUUCUUUUUAUAGGUUCUCAGGCGACCUGUUGGCAGUUGUCAGGUUAACCUGGACUUGGAUCUCAAAAUUCCAAAGAAACAUAAAACCGGUAAGAAAGUGAUAAACAUUUAUGGUAAAGGCUGUACUCAUUUAAGUCAAAUGUCGUCCGCCAAUUGGUCAGUAGACAAACGACAUUGCCCCUAUUGUAGUGCUUAGGUCUAGGGACCUUCCCUCAGUUGGUCAUUGGACAAAUGAAAUUGCCCCUUAUGUAGUUCUUAGGUCUAGGGAUCUUCCAUCAGUUGGACAUUGGACAAAUGAAAUUGCCCGUUGUGUAGUGCUUAGGUCUAGGGAUCUUCCAUCAGUUGGUUAUUGCACAAAUGAAAUUGCCCCUUAUGUAGUGCUUAGGUCUAGGGAUCUUCCAUCAGUUAGAAUUUGGACAAAUGAAAUUGCCCCUUAUGUAGUGCUCAAGUCUAGCGAUCUUCCAUCAGCUGGUCAUUGGACAAACGACAUUGUCCCUAUUGUAGUGCUUAGGUCUAGGGAUCUUCCAUCAGUUGGACAUUGGACAAAUGAAAUUGCCCCUUAUGUAGUGCUUGGGUCUAAGGAUCUUCCAUCAGUUGGUCAUUGGACAAACGACGUUUUUUGUUGCAGUGCCCAUAGACACAUGUAUUGUAGCGCUGCUUUUUCAGUCCUUUUUCAACUUCAAAAUCUUUUUGCAGGUCUCGGAUUUGAGUGUGGGUUGUACGUGAAAGCACUAAAGGAUAGCUGUAUCUCAGAAGAUCAAAACAAACUCGAAAUAGGAGAUUAUGUUAUGAAGGUAAGAUAAAAUCAUUUUUGUAAUCCGGUGAUCGAGCAAUUUUCAGUGGUUAUAUCCGACCCAUUGCGCCACCUAUUUGAUAGCUGGGCACGCUACGCUUCGGAGGUUUUAUCAUUUUCCGCUAGGCCUUAGGUUUCGUUAUUUUGGCCAAUAGUAUUUCAUUAGAUUAAGAGAUGCAUUUAACAUUUUCUUUCAUCAUUACAUCUUAUCACUAUUUCUUCAAAACUUGUUACUAAAUUUAUUAUUUGUAAGUUAAGCUUACCUCGGCGUUCCCCGUUGUUGUAGAUCAACGGUAAACAUCUGGAUAAAAUCAUUGCUUCAUCUGUGGAGAAAGUUUCCAAGAAAAACGGUGACAAAUUGAAGCUUCACGUAUCCAGAACGAUCCAAGCCAAGCCAGGAAUGUGCGAAUUCAAGGUAGGUUGCUUUCUCACCUACGUAGAUAUAUGAGAAGUAAAGCCCAGUUGAUUCUUUAAGCUCUCAUAGUGACCAGUAAUAGAAACCCAGUAAUAGAAACCCGGUCACCAGCACCUGCAAUUUCUUCUUUCGCUUUCGAAAUAAGCACAGAGGCUUAAAAAAACAACGAUAAAGUGGAUUAUUUGGUACCGUGGAACGAAAAAAGACAAUUCCUUGCUCUUUUAAAACUGCAGUCAAACCUCCACGUGCAACCACCUCUCGUUACGAUCCAAUCAUAUUUAGCGACCAAAUUACAGUAAAAAUGGCGCGGCUAUUUCUGGUCGUUUACGAGAACUUGCUGUCGUAAGCGAUCUUGUGAUAAAAGUAUUGUGGGUGUUCGCUUAUUAGAGUUUUUGUGACAAAAAAAACAAAAGUGGCGUAAUUAUGUUGUUGAUUGCAAAUCGUUAAUCCAUUCAGCUNAAUGUUAUACACGGGUCGGUAAGAAAAGGCUCGACUGUAUAAGUUAUCUUUUUGUAUGCUUACUCACUUAUAGGAUGAUCCCCUCGAUUCCAUCAAAUUGGCGCGAGUUUCGAUUAGUGGCAGGCCAUGUACAGCCAUCACUGAUAUCGACAAGGCUUUUGGAACCGCCAGGAACAUCAGGUAUUAAUUAGCGUCACUUUCCUUCGUUAAGUCACUUUGCUAAGUACCGCUGUUUUUUCAAUGUACAAACAUCCGUAAAGUUUCUGAUCUCCAUUUGCGUUACUUUGCUCUAUUAUGUUUUCAGAAAAUAUGACGAGGUUGUAUCCAUCAACGAUAUCCCGGUAAGCGAAUCGGAUCAAAAUCUUGUUAAAUCUUUGCUGGAUGGAGCUGUAACGACGCUUAAUAUGGUAAGACUUGAACUGUUGGUUAUUUCUUUUGCUACCAACCCUUUUUUUCUCAUUCUCAUUUACAUGUCAAUUAAAGGAGAUAGGCGUAGAGGUCACCAUAAAAAAACUUGAGUCCAUUAUGCCGUCAACUCGACGUCUAUUCCUGAUUUUAUUCUCGCCAUAAUUUGUUUGUAUUCGUUGUUUCUUUUUAUAGGUUCUCAGGCGACCUGUUGGCAGUUGUCAGGUUAACCUGGACUUGGAUCUCAAAAUUCCAAAGAAACAUAAAACCGGUAAGAAAGUGAUAAACAUUUAUGGUAAAGGCUGUACUCAUUUAAGUCAAAUGUCGUCCGCCAAUUGGUCAGUAGACAAACGACAUUGCCCCUAUUGUAGUGCUUAGGUCUAGGGACCUUCCCUCAGUUGGUCAUUGGACAAAUGAAAUUGCCCCUUAUGUAGUUCUUAGGUCUAGGGAUCUUCCAUCAGUUGGACAUUGGACAAAUGAAAUUGCCCGUUGUGUAGUGCUUAGGUCUAGGGAUCUUCCAUCAGUUGGUUAUUGCACAAAUGAAAUUGCCCCUUAUGUAGUGCUUAGGUCUAGGGAUCUUCCAUCAGUUAGAAUUUGGACAAAUGAAAUUGCCCCUUAUGUAGUGCUCAAGUCUAGCGAUCUUCCAUCAGCUGGUCAUUGGACAAACGACAUUGUCCCUAUUGUAGUGCUUAGGUCUAGGGAUCUUCCAUCAGUUGGACAUUGGACAAAUGAAAUUGCCCCUUAUGUAGUGCUUGGGUCUAAGGAUCUUCCAUCAGUUGGUCAUUGGACAAACGACGUUUUUUGUUGCAGUGCCCAUAGACACAUGUAUUGUAGCGCUGCUUUUUCAGUCCUUUUUCAACUUCAAAAUCUUUUUGCAGGUCUCGGAUUUGAGUGUGGGUUGUACGUGAAAGCACUAAAGGAUAGCUGUAUCUCAGAAGAUCAAAACAAACUCGAAAUAGGAGAUUAUGUUAUGAAGGUAAGAUAAAAUCAUUUUUGUAAUCCGGUGAUCGAGCAAUUUUCAGUGGUUAUAUCCGACCCAUUGCGCCACCUAUUUGAUAGCUGGGCACGCUACGCUUCGGAGGUUUUAUCAUUUUCCGCUAGGCCUUAGGUUUCGUUAUUUUGGCCAAUAGUAUUUCAUUAGAUUAAGAGAUGCAUUUAACAUUUUCUUUCAUCAUUACAUCUUAUCACUAUUUCUUCAAAACUUGUUACUAAAUUUAUUAUUUGUAAGUUAAGCUUACCUCGGCGUUCCCCGUUGUUGUAGAUCAACGGUAAACAUCUGGAUAAAAUCAUUGCUUCAUCUGUGGAGAAAGUUUCCAAGAAAAACGGUGACAAAUUGAAGCUUCACGUAUCCAGAACGAUCCAAGCCAAGCCAGGAAUGUGCGAAUUCAAGGUAGGUUGCUUUCUCACCUACGUAGAUAUAUGAGAAGUAAAGCCCAGUUGAUUCUUUAAGCUCUCAUAGUGACCAGUAAUAGAAACCCAGUAAUAGAAACCCGGUCACCAGCACCUGCAAUUUCUUCUUUCGCUUUCGAAAUAAGCACAGAGGCUUAAAAAAACAACGAUAAAGUGGAUUAUUUGGUACCGUGGAACGAAAAAAGACAAUUCCUUGCUCUUUUAAAACUGCAGUCAAACCUCCACGUGCAACCACCUCUCGUUACGAUCCAAUCAUAUUUAGCGACCAAAUUACAGUAAAAAUGGCGCGGCUAUUUCUGGUCGUUUACGAGAACUUGCUGUCGUAAGCGAUCUUGUGAUAAAAGUAUUGUGGGUGUUCGCUUAUUAGAGUUUUUGUGACAAAAAAAACAAAAGUGGCGUAAUUAUGUUGUUGAUUGCAAAUCGUUAAUCCAUUCAGCUAAAAUAUUAUUAGAUAGUUUCUCUUUUAACGUAUAAAAUACAAAAUCAGCUUUUAUUUUACGUUACCCCGUUUAUUCUAGUGUUGACUAAUUAGUUAACGAUAAUAUAAAAACCAAUGAAAAGAUCAGCCUGUGAUUCAGAAAAAGUGGCCCCUUCGAUUACCAGAGCCCUUCUUUGCAGAGUUAAAUUACAGUUCAAACUGGGUUUCACCAAGCUGGUCAUAACUAGUGCAGGUCGCUUACGAGAGUGGUCGGAAGGCCGAAAGCGUCGACUGCACUAAAUACUUUUCAAUUGGAACCCUCGGAUAAUAGUCCUGAAUAAGACUGUUGUUGAUAGUUACUGGCUCUUUUUCGUGAACCUGUUGGACGAUCAUCUGUCGUACCUCAUUCUCCUGGUAUCUCUCAAGUUUUUUGCCACCCUCUUGUCUAUAUCGAGGUAACUGAAGAGGAUUGAAUCAACUUAUUAAGCCCCCGCUAUGUGCUUUCUUACAUUUUUCAAUUAUACUUGCCUUUUUCUCCAGACUUGUAACGCUACUGAUUCCGAGUCCGAGAGCGUUGUACUAAGGCGUCUUCCUCGUUGUAAUGGAGACAACCGUCUUUCACUCAUAUCGAAUGACAGCUCUAUAUCACGCGACUCCAAAUUUUCUAUGAACUCGAGCGCUGGUUCCAUGAGCUCGAACAACGAAUCGUCACUAGCGGACUCGACCUCAGACCUUUACGGAAAUAGAUACCCGGUUUAUGGACUUUUCCUGUCCGACAGACAUAAAACUGGAAGUGGUAUUUAUAUACCUGCAUCAGAUUCCCAACUGGAAACAAUAGUGGCAGACGAUUGGCCUGACGCGAGGACAGUAACUAGCGCGGAUGAUUCCCAGGAUGCCUCGGAUGCUAAAGAGAGCGAUGCUUGCGACUAUGGGACUUUGAAACGAAACAGUCGCGCGCCAGUAAACCGGAAGUUCGUUAGUACGUCGCAACUGCAGUCGGGAACGUUUUUGACGCCGACUUUGGACGGUACGUUGCAUCGUGCCCAGUCCACCAUCACUGCUGUUCGAGUCGACGAUGAUGGAUUGAGUUCGAGCAUAAUAAGGUCGAGUACUUGUGGAGCAAUCGUCCCUGUAGGAGAAAGGUUCGUAAAUUUUGAAUGUUUGUGUUUCAGUCCCCUCAGUUAAACCGUCUUAUACGGACCUCUAGAAGGGAAAAUGUGUUGCUGUUGUUUCGCCAUGUUGCCCUUUUGUUUGAAUCGCUUUUGUUGGAAGGAAAAUUUGCUACUUAUACGCACAUCUGCCUAAAAAAUAGUUCUAUUUCUAAGCUUGCCCAUUUUCAAAAUCCUUUAAAAAUUUCCUUACAUUUGAAUGGUUCAAAUUCGACAUGUCACUUAAUAGGCGUCACGUUGCAUAUUUCACAGAGAUAACUUAUGCUUUACUUUAUAUGCGGUACAUUCUUUUUUUAUAUAAGGACUUUUUUUGCUAGAACGUAAUAUUAAGAACAUGCCAAGAACAUACCCGAGGCUCAGAGAAGAACAAUAAGUGUAUUUUUACCGCCUUAAAUUUCCUAAAUCCAAAAACUCUGAAUUACUAAUAAGGUCCUACAUGGAAUCAGAGGGCAUGUAAAGCGAAGCCACGUUAAAGACUUAGUGUAAGGCGAUUCACUGACUGCUACAACGAGCCCCCUGUCUUCUGAUCUAUGAUAAAAUGUAACUUAAAAGUUAUCAGAUUUCAGUUAUUGAAUUUUUUUCCGUAAGAGCAUUUCCGAGAGGAAACUGCCCAGAAAAUAAGAACGGUCCAGGCUCAACUGGAAAAAUGGACGUUCUUAUUAAAAAAAGAGUGUAUUUGAGAUUCUGUUACAAAGCAAACUGAGUCAUUAAUGUUGGUUAGAGUAGUGUACAAUUUACAAGAGUUAUAAUUUGUUAUCACUAACCAAUAACGCAGUUAAUUAACCAUCUAUCUGCUCCGUCUCUCUCCUCAGCCCCCGUGUUAUUCGCCUGGAAAAAAAGCCGUUGGAUGGCCUGGGAUUGGAGGUAUCGGGUGGUUAUCGCGUUGGAAUUUACGUUAUCGAGCUUUUGGAAAACUCUGUUUGUAAGGCUGCUGGCCUGCAAGUUGGAGAUAGGCUUUUCAAGGUAAGAAAUCUCACGUUAAGUUUCUGCUUUAGUCUUGCUUUCUGAAAUUUUUACCUUUUUUCUCCUUAGUUGAAUAGCUACGAUCUAACAAGAGCUACCUUGGAUCAUGCCACACGGAUUGUGCGCCUUCUCAGCACGUGCACUUAUCUCAGGAUCGAGGCUCAACUGGUAUCAAGUAAGUCUUCUUGGUCCAUAAAAAAAUGUUGCUUAUGCCUUCAUGGUAGCAAUUUUGUUCAUAUGACGUAACAGCUCCUUAGUUGUGCCAUAGCCUGACUAUGUUAUUAACCUGAUCUUGUAAAACACAUCUCAAACUAUCCAUUAAAUGUACUUCAAAAGAUGUUUUCGUCAUGCAGCAAGGAAAUCCAAAGGGGCAACAUCUACCCCGAAAGGGGGCUUAUUAGCUUUCGUCCCCUGAAAAGAGGGGGCUUAUUUGAGAGGGGGGGGGGGGGGUGCUAAAUAGAGAAUUUACGGUACUUAGCUUGAUGACUCAUGUUUUUGUAGAUUACAAGGACAUUCUGGAAGACAAACCUUACGAUUCACUUUAUGUCAGGUAAGUAUGACUUAACGUAGCAGUGCCGUAAUUCGUGCAAUAUCUGAGGAUUUUUCAACAACGAGCUGACGUUCGGGAUCAUUUUUUCGCUUUUCGCUUAUACGUUGUUGAAAAUGGACGGUUGAGCAUGCGUCGAAAACGAGGACGAAUUUGCUGUGCAAAGUCGUCGUACUAUGACCAUGGAAAACGGGAUUGACACUGCACGCGGGCAUAAAGUAACAGCGGUGUAAACGUAUCUGUUAACACUAAAUCUUCUAUUUAAGGGUCGUAUUUCGUUUGCUUAAGAUUUGAUUUUUUACUUGAUGACAGGUGGGUGAUGAACCUGGGAUUUCAAGUUUUGUUCAAAAUAAAAUAUCAUGCAGUUUCAACUCGUUCUCUUGGCAAGUUAACUCGAGAUUUAAAUUUAACUUUUUAACUUUUGUUUAUUAAGAAAACACCAUUGUAAACACUGGUUUUUAACCCUUGUGCGGUCACAGCCAAUGUUCGCCUCCCCCCUCCCCCGAUCUGUUUCACAAAGAUGAUUUUGAUUGACUGAUUGAUUGAUUGAUUGAUUGAUUUUGUUCCUCAGAACUAUUCACCCAUACAAAGCUAUGUCUCCAGACGAGCUCAGCUUCACGGUGGGGGAAACGCUACAUGUAAUCAACACGCGUGCAAACUAUGAUCAAGCGAGGCAAAGUUGGAAAUGGGUGGCUCAACGCAUGAGGAAAGACACCAAGGUUCUUGAAGAAGGUCUAGUUCCUUGCAUGGGAAGGUAAGCUUUAGAUAAUUCGUUCCCAGAACUUGAAGUAGCAAGUAGCAGGGGACGCGAGGGACUGCACCUGAUCGACCUGAUCGCACCUGACCAUCAUGGCACAAAUGGUAUUCUGUAACCACUCGACCACAUAGUAAUGAACUUACGCAACAGAAGAAAGACGGCAAACCUUUUGUGACAAGCGUGAGAUUCAAAAGUCGUUUGAAAAAACGUUUCGUCAAACUUUGCCCUCCCUUAAACAGAUCUUUUAGUAAAUGACCAGAAAACAUUAAUGUGAAGUGAAGAUCACGACAAAGCACACAGUCAAGUAAUUACCUUGUCACGUUUGUCACAUACAAGCGUCAGCGCGUUUUGCCGUCCUCUCCUUUCUGCCGUCUUGCUGCGUAAACUCAAUAAUAUGAAAACCACUGACAAUAAGCAGUCGAGAUGUCGCGAUUUACAACUCAAGUGACGUGAGAGACUGCGCAUUGCGAGACAAGCAAUAUUCUCCUGUUUAUUGUUCUUACCGCUCGAAUAGGCCAUUUUCAAAAUUGUGUGCAGACAGCCCUAGCCUUUAAAUAGGAGCGAGGCUUAGGGUGGCCAUGUUUUGUUUCUGUCCUUACUGCUUUUCAUGAGUAAAUCGUGUUCUUCUCAUGCUACGAGGCCCGUUAUCAUGUGAAAAACAUGAAGGUUGAAACAAAACCAGGUCGCCUCCAGCCUCGCUUCUAUUCAAAGGCUAGGGAGCUGAGCACACAACCUUAAUUUAGACAUGAGAAUAAGAAACCUGAUAAUUUGUAGGAGUAACACAAAACAGAACCCUAGUUCCUUUGGCUAUAAUUAUUUCCCUUUCCUUUAACAGUAUUCCAGAACAUGUUGAGUCAUCAGUCUUGUCCCAAACUCUUCAGCGGUUUGAUUCUGAGUCUGAGGAACGUAUGAGUGAUGAUGCACCAUCAACAUUAAAGAGAGCUUCAACUGAUCGGCGCAGCAUCAUUCAGAGAUACCGCAAACUUAUGAAACGAGAGAGCAGGGAAUUCGCCCAUAAUACAGACGAAAAUGGUGAGAACUUUCUCAUAAAAGAUAACUAACCAUUUUUUUAUGGCAAGUCGCCUGACUUAAAUCAGCUUAACCCGUCUUUUAAAACUUUCCGAUUUCUGAAACCGUUUCAAAGGUCAGAACCCGCUUGUACGGCGUCAGACGGAACCACAGUCUCAUGCUACUAAGUACGAUUCACUNAAGAAAGACGGCAAACCUUUUGUGACAAGCGUGAGAUUCAAAAGUCGUUUGAAAAAACGUUUCGUCAAACUUUGCCCUCCCUUAAACAGAUCUUUUAGUAAAUGACCAGAAAACAUUAAUGUGAAGUGAAGAUCACGACAAAGCACACAGUCAAGUAAUUACCUUGUCACGUUUGUCACAUACAAGCGUCAGCGCGUUUUGCCGUCCUCUCCUUUCUGCCGUCUUGCUGCGUAAACUCAAUAAUAUGAAAACCACUGACAAUAAGCAGUCGAGAUGUCGCGAUUUACAACUCAAGUGACGUGAGAGACUGCGCAUUGCGAGACAAGCAAUAUUCUCCUGUUUAUUGUUCUUACCGCUCGAAUAGGCCAUUUUCAAAAUUGUGUGCAGACAGCCCUAGCCUUUAAAUAGGAGCGAGGCUUAGGGUGGCCAUGUUUUGUUUCUGUCCUUACUGCUUUUCAUGAGUAAAUCGUGUUCUUCUCAUGCUACGAGGCCCGUUAUCAUGUGAAAAACAUGAAGGUUGAAACAAAACCAGGUCGCCUCCAGCCUCGCUUCUAUUCAAAGGCUAGGGAGCUGAGCACACAACCUUAAUUUAGACAUGAGAAUAAGAAACCUGAUAAUUUGUAGGAGUAACACAAAACAGAACCCUAGUUCCUUUGGCUAUAAUUAUUUCCCUUUCCUUUAACAGUAUUCCAGAACAUGUUGAGUCAUCAGUCUUGUCCCAAACUCUUCAGCGGUUUGAUUCUGAGUCUGAGGAACGUAUGAGUGAUGAUGCACCAUCAACAUUAAAGAGAGCUUCAACUGAUCGGCGCAGCAUCAUUCAGAGAUACCGCAAACUUAUGAAACGAGAGAGCAGGGAAUUCGCCCAUAAUACAGACGAAAAUGGUGAGAACUUUCUCAUAAAAGAUAACUAACCAUUUUUUUAUGGCAAGUCGCCUGACUUAAAUCAGCUUAACCCGUCUUUUAAAACUUUCCGAUUUCUGAAACCGUUUCAAAGGUCAGAACCCGCUUGUACGGCGUCAGACGGAACCACAGUCUCAUGCUACUAAGUACGAUUCACUUAAAUAUUUAUAGUGACUUAUCCUCUACAGACUCCAAACGAGAAAACAGACACCCAAGAACAAGAAUGGAGAGCUAGAUAGCUAGAUAAUUUUCCAGUGGUCGCUCAAUUCACCCGAUUAAUUGCGUUGCAGUUUCUUAUAAUUUUUGUAACACUUAACGCGCAGUGAAUACCCAUGUAACGUUUUUUCUUUCUUCUGCAGGUAACACGAACAAGGUGAUGUUUUACGAAAUCCUAAGCAAGAUUUCGGACUGA